GCCUACUUUACAAAAAUGGAGGUAUGUUAAACCCUAUUUAACAUUCCAUUGAUAUAUUGAUUAAUGAUUAUUUAUAGCAUGGAAAAGAGCAGGAAGUAAAUAAGUAUUUCCGAUCAGUUUAUCACUACAGAUGGGAACAAACUGGAAGGACAAAUUGUUGGUGGCUUCCAUCGACUUUGGAACAACGUUUUCGGGGUUCGCCUUGUCAACUCUUCAUGAUUAUGAGCUUGAUAAAGGAAAUAUUCUUGCCUAUUCGUGGAAGUCUGGCGAUCAUUCAAGUACACCGAAGACACCAACCUGUCUAUUGUUAAAACCAGACGCAUCAUUUCACUCGUUCGGAUAUGAUGCUGAGAUAAAAUAUGCAGAAUUAGCUGAAGAUGAAGAGCAUAAAGAAUGGCGGUACUUCCGGCGUUUCAAAAUGAAACUAUACAAUAAGGAGAAUAAGAAAUCAUGCGGCUUAUCACAACACAGCAAAAUAAAAGAUUCAGAGGGUCGUGAUUUCGAUGCUUUGACUGUGUUUACGUUUUCAAUAGAUUAUAUGAAGCGGAAGAUAAUUGAGACAGUCAGAGAAAGAAUUCCAAAUGUCAGAGAAGAUGAUAUACAUUAUGUUCUAACAACACCAGCUAUUUGGAGCGAAGGGGCAAAAGUGUUCAUGCGGAAAGCGGCGAUAAACGCACAUAUUCCAAAAGAAAGACUGCGAAUAGCUUUAGAGCCGGAAUGUGCCGCCGUUUAUGUUUUAACUAAAGAGUUACCUGUCCUUGAUAUGGUGGCGCAACAAAAAAAGGCAAUGACACAAGGGUCAUGUCAUCUCAUAAUUGAUUUGGGCGGUGGAACUCUGGACAUUGCUGCACACCGUGUCAAUGGUAAUUUCCAGUUCGAGGAAAUUAUUCCGCCUGAAGGGGGCCCUUGGGGCGGUGAUAAUAUCAAUUUUAAGUAUGAGCAGUUUUUGCAAAGGAUCUCUGGUGCACCAGCGUUUUCUAAAUUUCGGAACAAAAAUAUGGAAGAUUUUUUAAUGAUGCAACGGCACUUUGAAAACAAGAAAUGUGCCUUCAAUGAUAGAGGUGACAAUGCAAAGGUUACAAUGCUUGUUUCGGAAUCGUUUCGAUCCUUGCAUGAACAACAUAACAGAGAAAAACUCACUGAAUCUGUUCGUCAAAUGACAAUUUCCGAGGAUGUAGAAUUCAAGGCAGACAAAAUGAGGAUAAAAAGUACUCUUUUCAGAAGUUUCUUCACAGAAACAAUUGAUGGCAUAUUAGAAACAGUACAGGACGUACUAUGUAAAAUUCCAGAUAAUAUUGACACGAUCAUUUGUGUCGGUGGGUUUUCUGACUGCCAGCUACUGAAAGAAAGUAUUCGCGCCAAAUUUCCGGAUAAGACAGUUAUUAUACCACCGGAAGCUUCAACAACAAUCAUGAAGGGAGCAGUUAUUUUCGGUAGGGAUCAGUCUGUAGUUAAUAAACGAAUCAGUCGUUAUACAUAUGGCCUAGACUGGAACGAAGAAUUUGAUCCAGCACGACAUGAUCCUGAAAAACGAGAGGAAACAGAUGAUGGUCCUGUCUGUCGGGAUAUUUUUAAAACGUUGAUUGUAAAAGGGGAUGAAAUUCCGUACAAUAAACCAACACAAGAAAUCGAAGCUUAUGUAAAGUCCAAAUAUCAAACUGUGAUAGAAUUCCCGUUUUACAGGUCCGAGAUAUUAAACAAUCCGAUAUAUAUCGAUGAGAUAGGAUGUCAUUUAAUUGGCACAAUGAGUGUAGACAUUGGAGAGUCGAGAUCCCUGGACAGUUGUGUUAAAUUAAAAGUUUACUUUGGUGCUACAGAACUAAGAGCUGAAGCUAAAGAUGAGAGUGGAAAACAGUAUGAAGUGAAAUUUAAACUUGAUAACUAGCAAUUUAACGUGGAAAUUAAAACAAUGCCAGAAAAUCAUAUGAACAAAUUUCAUGACAAAAACUGACAAUAUGUGCCGGUCUGACACAUUUCAGAGGCAUAUUUCUGGUAAUUAAAGUCAACCAUUUUAAGAUGAUAAAGUGGAGACAUGUUUAAAUUUCUUCUAUAACUUCAAAACAUUUUCAAGAAGUACAUGUACAUUGUAUAUUUUAAUCGAUUUAUUAUUACUGAUUGGCGAUCCAGAAAUUAAAAUCCUUUAAAUCCUGUAUAUUUUCCAGAUACUAGAUUUGCUUUGAUUAGAAAUACCAAUGCUAGCUGAUAAAUUUUAUUACAUAUAGGUCAUAAUGUUUCAUAAGAUAUACGAUACUACUCUGUCUCAGUCAGAGUGAAACUUGUUUCUAUGCUAAAAGUUGUUUGAAGACAAUACACCAAGAACUGAAAAUGUUAUGAUCAGGGUAAAAGUUUGCGGACGGCAACGCCGCCAUAACUGUAACAAUACCUCUUUUUUCAAAAAAGAAGUGGAGCUAAAAAUGGAUAGAUAAGUAUCCACUAUUUAAAUUUUGGAUACUUAUUUAGCACAUGUUGGACAGUUUCUUCAUUUGUCAGUAAACCAAAGACGACUUCACAAACAUGUUUUAACAGCUGUACGACUUUUUUUAUCAUGAAAUAAAUUUGCACAUUACCAUUUAUAGCUCCAUAUAUACGGAUGAUACAUGCAUAUAUAUAUAUAUAGUCAUGAUUUUGUUUAUAUUGUCAACGCUGAUUUCUUGGAAAUUAAAGACGAAUCCCUAAUUUAUAGCAUAUUAUUUGAA